AUGGAGAAUACAUUUCAACUCAAUGCAUUCAAUGAUGUUGAUUUGGGUGAUGAUUCACUUACUGCUGACCCUACUCCUGGAUCUGGUGUGUCUGCUAGUACUGAAUGCGCACUAGAUGAACAUGUUAAUCUGGUUUCUCCUGUUGUUGUUGAAUCUGGGGAUGGGGUGGAUGGGGCUAGGGCUAGGGCUUGGGUUGGGGCUGGGGCUGCGGGUGAAGGUGUGUCAGUUGCCUUUCAAAGGAAGGAAAGGCAAAAGACUUCCAAAGUUUGGAAUGACUUUUCUUCUAUUGAAAUAAAUGGUGUAAAAAAAUCCCAGUGUAAUUGGUGUAAGAGGUUGUUUUUUGUAAGGAAAUCUAGUACUACCUCCACCCUUAGUAGGCAUUUAACUGCUUGUGUGAAGUUUGUGGAGUUGAAUAGCCUUAAGAAGCAAAAGACUUUGUCAUUUGAACCUAGUGAUGGCAAUGAUGGUUUAGGGACCUUGACAAACUUUACUUUCAAUGAGAAGAAAGUUAGAGAACUUGCUGCCCAUAUGGUGCUGUGCUCAUAUUACCAAUUUGUUGGUGCAAGCAGGGCUUUCAGAAAAGGGGACAUAAUAGAUUCUGUUAGGCAGGGGAUUAAGUAUAUAGUGGCUUCUGAGAGGCGGUUGAAUGUAUUUAGUGAUAUAGCAAAGCGGUUGGACUUGGGUUGUAAUAAACUUAUUUUAGAUGUUCCUACUCGAUGGAAUAGCACCUACUUGAUGUUGAAAACUGCAAUUAGGUUCAAGGAAGUGUUUCCUAGAUACCAUAGAGUAGAGCAUGCUUUUCUGUGGGUGAUAAGUCCUGAACAGUGGGAUAAGGUUGAGAAUGUGAACAAAGUUUUAGCUGUUUUCAAUGAUGUGACCAAUGUUGUCUCUGGCAGUGACUACCCUACAUCCAAUCUGUUUCUACGUGAGGUGUGGAGAAUGAAAGAAAUUGUGGAUAUUAAGGCUGUAGAUAGGAAUGAAUAUAUAAGAUUAAUGGCAGCUAAGAUGAGUGAUAAAUUUGAUAAGUAUUGGGGUGAAUCUAAUAUGGUGAUGACCUUAGCUGCUGUGUUGGAUCCUAGAUACAAAAUGAAGUUGAUUAGGUUCUGUUGUCCUAUCAUUUAUCCACUUGAUGUUCGUGGUGAUAACAUAAAGGCCGUGCUGAAUACUUUAAAAGAAUUGUUUGAGGUUUAUGUUGCUGCCCAUAAUGCAUCUAUCAUUCAACAACAAGCAGCUCCUGAAGUCAGUGCUGCUACUACUACAGUUGCCUCUGUUACAGAGGUAGUUUCUGGUGGUAGAUCACGGUUUAGGCAACAUGUUAGAAGCAAUGACGUCAUCCGGCCCAUAAAAACUGAUUUGGAUGUUUAUCUUGAAGAAGAUGUAUUCAUUUUUGAUAGUGAGAAUGGUGAAGAUAGUGAUGCAAAAUUUGACGCUUUGGGAUGGUGA